AUUUAGUACAUAAACAAACUUGUUCUCGAACUACUACUACAAUAGUUCGGUUCAACGUUUGCAAUUCCACUUUGAGUCGAACGCAACUAUGGCUGCUAUGCAUCUCCGCACGACCGGUUUUUAUCAUGUUCUACGAAAGCAAGCUUCCCAUCGUUCACCAGUUUUUACACGGAAUUUGACGACGGCAUCCUCAUCUUACCAGUCUUCUGCCCGCACCGCUGUCUACGCGACAGUAUUUGCUGCUUCCGUUGGUCUGUUUGCUGUCUAUUACUACGACGCGCGUUCCGCAAUCCACCGUUAUGUUUUGACACCUGUACUGCGUCAUACAUUCGAUGCGGAAACUGGGCACAAGAUUGCCGUCAAAGUCCUUCGUAGCGGACUUGGCCCGCGGGACCCUGUACAGGAUGAUGAAAGAUUGCGGUCUGAGUUUUGGGGGCGUGAAUUAUCCAAUCCCGUUGGCUUGGCAGCUGGUUUUGACAAAGAUGGCGAAGCCAUUGAUGGUAUCCUUAAUCUCGGCUUCAGCUGGGUUGAAAUCGGAAGUGUCACACCAAAACCGCAGCCUGGAAACCCGAAGCCACGUGUAUUUCACCUCCCUGAUGACGCAGCACUCAUCAACCGUUACGGAUUUCCCUCACAAGGCGCUGCCUCCGUGAUUUCCCGCCUUCGCGCUCGCAUACCCAAAUUUCAUGAGACGAAAGACGAUACAACUGCCACUCUCAAACCCGGGUCAGUUCUUGCAAUUAACCUAGGUAAAAAUAAAUCUUCUCCGGUCGAGUCUCCGGAUGACUUUGUCACUGGUGUGAAGACGUUCGGCCCGUACGCUGAUGUUCUGGUUGUCAACGUCUCUAGCCCGAACACACCCGGACUUCGCGGUCUCCAAAAUCGAGAGCUAUUAGAAGACUUGCUUACAAGUGUCACAAAAGCCCGAGAUGAACUAGAACCAUCACCAAUAACGGCACGGCGACCGCGCUUGGUGCUGAAAAUCGCACCUGACCUCGAGGAAUCACAAAUAGUUGAUAUUGCAGAUUUAAUUCGCAAGAGCCACAUUGAUGGCGUCAUCGUCAGCAACACUACCAUCAGUCGUCCUGCAAGUCUUACGGAUCUUAAUAAAUCUGAGAUAGGCGGUCUCUCGGGUGCUCCCUUGAAGCCGCGUGCAUUACAAACUUUGAAAACGCUGCGCGCGCACGUCCCUGCAAGUAUUCCAUUGAUAGGCUGCGGUGGAAUUGGCACGGGCGCUGAUGCGUUGGAUUAUGCUCGAGCGGGUGCUUCACUGAUUCAAGUGUACACUAGCUUUGGCUACGACGGUGCAGGGACUUGUAGACGCAUCAAGGACGAACUGGAGAUUCUGCUCAGAGCAGAGAACACGACAUGGAAGGCUGUUGUUGAUGAGUCUGUACGGAAGCUCAGUUGGACAGAGUCACCAUCAGACUCAGAAGCCGCAGCGACACAAUCAGAUGAGAAGCUCGCCGCUGGACCAGCUUGAAGAGCGGAUCAGUGGGAUUGAUAUGACUACUAGCAAGCAUAGGAAUCCUUAUCAAAUGCAAUUCCAUUUAUAUAGCGCUGAGCGCUAUCUUGAUCCCAC